CAUUGCAGGUGAGCAGAGCAGACCAAGGCAAAAGCUCGCUCUCCCUCUCCCUCUCAGGCUCUCACACGGCUUUCCCUCUCUCUCUCUCUCUCCUCCCGUUCGAACUAGGAAUCCGAGGUGAGCACGGGCAAAGCGAUGGGCGCGGCCAGGCCGCAUCACAGGGCGCCGCCGGGGCGCGUGCCCACGAGGUGCGUCGCCGCGCUCUGCGCCGCCUGCUUCCUCCUCGGCGUCUGCGUCGUCAACCGCUACUGGGCGGUCCCCGAGCCGCCGGAUUGCCCAAACAAGACGAAUUCUGGCCGUUCGAGGGCUAUGCUGAGCCAAGCACAAACCCGCGAAGUCGUCAUCGCGUUGGACAGAACGAUAUCGGACAUCGAGAUGCGCCUGGCUGCCGCCAGAGCCGCGCAGAUGAGGAACCAAGGCGUGUCGCCGAGUGAUUCAGCCGCUGACCACGGAAACAUGCGACCUAGAUUGCUUUUCGUCAUGGGUAUCAUGACCACGUUCGGUAAUCGGAGGCGCAGAGACUCUAUCAGGAAGACGUGGAUGCCACAAGGUAGAGCCUGUGAGCGUUUGCGAAGGCUGGAGAAGGACAAGGGCAUUGUCAUGCGUUUUGUUAUUGGACGAAGUGCAAAUCCUGGUCCUGACAGUGAAGUGGAGCGUGCCAUGGAUGCAGAAGAUAAAGAAUACAAUGAUAUUCUUAGACUUAAUCACGUUGAAGGCCAGGAUAGGCUUCCUUUGAAGAUUCAGAUGUUUCUUUCAAGUGUUCUGUCCACGUGGGAUGCUGAUUUCUAUGUCAAAGUUGACGAUGAUGUUCAUGUCAACAUUGGUAUUACCAGAUCGAUUUUGGCACGACAUAGGUCAAAACCUCGGGUGUACAUCGGCUGCAUGAAAUCCGGACCUGUGAUUGCUAACAAUGAAUCUAAAUAUUACGAACCAGAUCAUUGGAAGUUUGGGACUGCGGGUAACAACUACUUUAGGCACGCAACACGGCAGCUGUAUGCUAUAACAAGGGACUUGGCGACCUAUGUAUCAGCAAACAAGCAUAUCUUGCACAAAUAUACAAAUGAAGAUGUAUCAUUUGGUUCUUGGUUGAUUGGGUUGGAUGUUGAGCAUGUUGAUGAGAGAAGCCUUUGUUGUGGUAUUCCUCCAGACUGCGAAUGGAAGGCGCAGGGUGGGAACCCAUGUGGGGCGUCCUUCGACUGGAACUGCUCCGGCGUCUGCAAUCCAGCAGAGAGAAUGGAGGAGGUGCACCGGCGAUGCUGGGAACAUCGCGAGGCUGCUCUGCCACAAGCGCAGGAGUCUUGACAAUCAAGGGGUGGUGGCAUCCUUGUGCUGCUCCAUGUAAACUCAUGUAAAUUAUUCGGUAGACGCAGACGCAGCAGCUGUCGUGCCGUUGUCUGGGUUCUUGGAGCUACAAAUUUUUGCCUUCCCACGCCGUGCAUUUGCAUGAAUUGGAGGGAAAAUUUGAACAGAGCUACUGCAUAGUGAAGGUUUUGCAUCGUGUAUGUAAGAUAUCCGAUAUGUGAAAAUGAAUGCAGGAAAGCUCUGCAAAUUGUGUUGUCAUGA